AUGGUGGACGUGUGUAGGAUAUUGAAGGAGUCUGCUCUCCGCUUCAUCUCCUUCUAUGAUGGGGUCAUGAUGGUGAUAGUCCUGCUCAACUCCGCAGUAGAUGUGGCCUUGACAUUUCCCAGUGUUUCGAUCACAGCAGGCUGGCAUCUUAUGGUGUUGGAAAUGGUUUUCCUGGCUUUCUAUAUUGUGGAAUGUCUGUUUAAAAUCAUAACUUUGCGUUGCAAAUUUUUCCUGUCUGUGUUGAAUAUUCUAGACCUCUUGAUUACUCUGGUCGGUGUGGUGGACCUGCUCGUUGAUGUCAUCGACCCCAGAACAACGGAGAGCAGUCACUUUGCCUCCUUUUUCAGAAUCCUUAAAAUGGUAAAAGGUCUUCGAGCUGUGAAGGUCUUCAGGAUCUUGCGGGUUUUGGGUUACUCUAAGGAUGCACAGCGCACAUGGAGAGUACUUCAACGCUCCACGAAAUCAAUCAUGGUGAUCUUGUCUCUCAUGCUAGGCAACUUCCUAAUGUUCUCAGUAAUCUUCCGGGAAACCUUCAGUGAUUCUGACCCACAGAGAUUUGGUUCGCUGGUCAAAACCAUGGCCUCUCUGAUGCAGGUUAUGUCACUGGAUGACUGGCUUAGCGUCUAUUACACCAGUCGAGACAACGGUGCAGGAUAUAUCAUCAUCUUUCUAGUUCUCUUCAUCUUGAUUCAAUGUUACAUCCUUUUGAGUCUGGCCGGAGCUGUGCUGCUGGAUAAUUUUACUCAGGCUGAUAAGGAACCAAGGGCUGAAGAGACCACAGAGGUAUCCGUUACUCAAAGCAACAUUUUACUCAAAUCCUGA